AUGACAUGUGGAGGUGUGAAAAUCCUCUUUGAGAAUGAGCUCGGUGUGACAGAUUUCCACCUGCCCAACAAAAGCUGCAUCCUGUACGUGUCGGAGUGCGACAUCAUUGCAGGAAACGGCUACAAGAGGAAACUGGUUCGCUACAGAAAUGCCAGCAGCAGCUUCCAGCAGCUGGUGCUGGUGGAGAACACCAGACUCAGUGAGCAGUACUUCUCUGCUGUCCAGAAGUUUGUGGUGUUUGACCUCGGCCUGACUCUCCUGCCGGUCAGCGGGCAGACUGAAGCCUCACAGCUCAUCACUCAGAUGGUCCAUGGGGAGAGCAGGGAGAACCCUUUCAGGCGGAGGAGUGCGUCUGGGCUGUUGGACCCCCUGGUCCUGGCCCUGGUACAGCAGGUCCCGGGGGUGGGCAGGGUCAAAGCUCUGGCCCUGCUGCAGCAUUUCCCCAGCAUCCAGCAGCUCUGUAACGCCGCCCCCGCCGAGCUGGAGCCCAUCGUGGGUCAGGCUGCCGCUCAGCAAAUCCACAGCUUCUUCCACAAAGCCACAGCUGCUGGAACCUGAAGGCGCUCCGCAUGGAUCCAGUCUGGGUCUUUAUUUAACCAGAAAGGUUUGGAUCUAAUGAUACUGCUCACCUGAAACAUGCUCCCUGGUCGCCGUGUCUGCUGCACAGGAUGUGAGGAGCUUUAGAUUUAAAUGACUGCUGGGACACCACCAAAAACUUUAUCAGAAGCACUUUGUCUCACAUGAGCAUUAUUUACUUGAAAGAUUACAAUGUUGAAAAUCAAUAUUUGUCCUGUUAUAAGUGUACAAACUUUAAGAAAUAUUUAUUUACUGUUGAUGUCACUUUGUGAAACUGAUGUAUGUUAUGAAGUAAGCAGAUGUUUUACAUAUUUUGUGGUUUAAAAUAGAAUAUUUUACUUUAUUUAGGGAUGAUGUCCAUAUUCAGUACCAGUCAAAGGUUUGGACACAUUUCCUCAUUCAGGAGAAUGGAAGCUGUGUCCAAACUUCUGACUGUAUAUGUGAUUAAAGAUAAAGCAGUGACGGGGAGUCAGUGGUUUGUUGAUAUGUGGACUGAUUGGCACAAUAAAUCUAUAUUAGAGGUC